CUCUCUGCCAAAUCCCAAUUGUUUCUUUAUAAACAUUUGCUUGUUAGUGCUUCUUCUUCGUUCCUCCGUCAUAGACGUUUUCCGGUUACUGCUUCUUUCUAGUUCCUCCUUCAUGGAUGUUUGGUUGUUGGUAAUGGUAGGUGCGGUUUGUUUUACAUCGAAUCCAAAGAUAUAUUGUUUGUAGCAAGAUAAAGUAAAUAUAUAAUUUUGGAUGCGAGCACCGGAGUCUUAGAUUUUCAUAAAGCACUCUUGCUAGGCCGACGUGACAUUGAGAAAAAGAGCUAUAGAAAAUUUUAAUGCAGGAUAGAAGAUAAGCUGAGGCCCAGUGUGGCAUAAGAAAUAGCCCAUCGAAUUAGGGUCGAAUCGGGUGCCAUUGGUCCAUCUGAUAGUCUGAACUCUGAACCUACCUUUCUUUUAAGGCGGGAACAAGCAGGAGUAAAGACAAGGGGACGAGCUCUUGUGCCUGCGUAGAAGUCAUUGACAUGGAAUCGGAAGCUCAAAUUCCGGAAUGGGCAUCAACGCCUUGCAUGAUGGGCAUCGACGAAGCUGGUCGCGGCCCUGUUUUAGGACCGAUGGUUUAUGGAUGCCUUUAUUGUCCGGUUUCAUACAAGGAAACACUUUCCACUUUGGAAUUUGCAGAUUCAAAAACUUUGAAAGAAGAGAAAAGAGAGGAGCUGUUUGAAAGUUUGAAGACUGAUAAAACAAUUGGUUGGGCUGUUGAUGUCAUAGAUCCUAAAGAGCUUUCUGCUAAAAUGUUGCAAAAAAAUAAGAUCAACCUCAAUGAGAUAUCACAUGAGUCUGCCAUGGGCCUUGUUAAAAGGGUGCUGGACAUGGGUUAUCUUCUAACCGAGGUUUAUGUUGAUACAGUAGGAGAUCCUGAAAAGUAUACAGUUAAGCUCUCUGCAAGAUUCCCAUCUGUUAAAUUUGUGGUUGCAAAGAAAGCUGAUAGUCUGUAUCCAGUUGUUAGUGGAGCAAGUAUAGUUGCCAAGGUGACAAGGGAUCGAGCAUUGAGAAAUUGGGUCUUUGAUGAAACUGCUGAAAACAUGCAUAGGGAGUUUGGAUCUGGGUAUCCUGGAGAUCCUGCAACUAAAGAUUGGUUAGAACAUCACAAACAUCCUGUUUUUGGGUUCCCAUCAUUGGUUCGUUUCAGUUGGGGCACAUGUAAUUCCUACCUCAAAGAUGGAGUUGAAGUGUUAUGGGAAGCUGAUAAAGAAGAUGAAGAUGAGUCCUCUAGUAAAUCGGGAAAGCGGCAAAUGAAGCUGAGUAAUUUAGGUUUCACUGGAAUGAAGAGGAAAAGUGAAGAUAUUGAAUCAAGUGGAAAAGGUCGUUGCAAGUUUUUUGAAUCACGCAAACUCGAACGUGUCUCUGGUUUCUAAAUUCUAACAACAAACUUCAUGCAUUGUUCCUUAACUUCACUUUAUCAAUUUCUUUUACCACAUAAACAAAUUCAGAACAGUGGAUAUUAUUGUAUGAUGAUUUGUCACGUGCUGUGUAAUAUGGAUCUUAUCAUUUCAAACGUCAUCUCUCAAAAAUGGUGUCAUUUAAUCUGUGUUUAUGUCUUGAUUUGUGUUCUGAAACUG